GUUCAGGCGGCACACAGCUCAGGUUCAGGGCCCACCGGCCUGGGCUGGAGGGGGCUCAGCACAGUCUCAGCAUGGUCCUGGAGCUCUACCUGGACCUGCUGUCGGCGUCCUGCCGCGCCGUCUACAUCUUCGCCAGGAAGAACAGCAUCCCCUUCGACUUCCAGUUUGUGGAUCUGUUGAAAGGCCACCACCACAGCAAGGAAUACAUCGAGAUCAACCCCCUGAGGAAGCUGCCCAGCCUCAAAGAUGGAAAGUUCAUCUUAUCUGAAAGCGUGGCCAUCCUCUUCUACCUGUGCCGCAAGUACAGCGCACCCUCGCACUGGUACCCGCCAGACCUGCACACGCGCGCCCGCGUGGACGAGUUCAUGGCCUGGCAGCACACAGCCAUCCAGCUGCCCAUGAGGAAGAUACUCUGGAUCAAGCUGCUGAUCCCGAUGAUCACAGGUGAGGAGGUUCCAGCUGAGAAGACAGAGCAGAUGCUGGCAGAGGUGAAGAACAACUUGCAGCUCUUCGAGGAGAAGUUUCUGCAGGACAAAAUGUUCAUCACAGGGAACCAAAUCUCCCUGGCCGACUUGGUGGCCCUGAUGGAGAUGAUGCAGCCCAUGGGGGGCAACCAUAACGUCUUCCUCAACAGCUCCAAGCUGGCCGAGUGGCGCAUGAGGGUGGAGCUGGCCAUUGGCUCUGGCCUCUUCUGGGAGGCCCAUGACCGGCUGGUGAAGCUGGCAGAGUGGGACUGUUCAACGUUGGAUCCCACGGUCAAGGCGAGGAUCUGUGAGUUGCUGCAGAAGUUCAAGUAGAAGCAGCCCAUCCUGCAGGGCCUGGCGGGCUCAGCCCUCUGAGCCUCCUUCUUAGGGGAGAUGCUGAAAACAA